AUGACGUCAUGUGAUCCCCGCAAACGCGAGAUGGGGAUGGUAGCUCAAAACAAGAUGGCGGUACACGAGUGAGUCGGCGACCUUCGCGACUGACAAAAUUACAUUAUCCAAUCGUGUUUAGCCGCGACGCCGAGUAAGAAGUGCUGACAAUGAAGCUAACUAUGUUCUGAUAGUCUACUUAAUUUUUUGUGUGAAUUGGAGCUGGUGCGAUGGCAGAAAACGGAGGCGAAACCGCCCAUGUUGGCGGCCAAACCGCAGUAGCUAGCGGCGAUGCGGAGAAGGGAUCGCCCCGGGAGGAGGAGGAAAAGCGCUCGGAGGUUGUGGACGAAACAGUGGGAGGUGACCAACAAGCACAGUUGACUUCGAAAAAAUAUGGGGAAGACUCAGAAAAGGUGAUAAUGGAUAGUACAGCAGGGGAAGGAGUAAGCACGAGUGAGGGAGUUGGGGGCGUUGUUAGCGGUGAUAAUAACGGUGCACAGGGAGAGGAAGAUGGCCCCAGGGACAGCGGGCCGCAGGAUCAUGUUAUGGGCGAUGAUGAGCCAACACAAGCUAACAGUGCUGCCGCGGAGGGCGAGCAGACGGGAGCAGAAAUGCAUCAGGAACAAGGGGAAACGUCCGACCAGGACACAGUAAAGGAUACAGAAGGAAUGGAGGUAGUACAGGGAGGACAGGUGGGUGCAGAAUCUGCUGUGACAGAGGCGAUGGAGGUGGAGGCUACACCUGCAAAGGAUGCAGAUAGCACAGCAGUGAAGACUAUUAGUGUGACAGGUUUGGCUAGUGGGGAGGGAGGCCUGACUGAUGGGGAGGGGGGUGCCGCAGCAGCUGUAGAGGGUGAAGCUGAAACACAGAGACAGUCUGGUUCACAGUCCGUCCCCACCACCCCAUCCUCACCACCAGUGGCGGAGCAGGUAGCCCGCAGCCCAUCCAUGCAGACCACGAGGAAUCUGGACUCACAGGAUGAGAAAAUCACUCAGAACCCUCAGAAGAAACAGAAGAGUGAUACCGAUACUCCCCCUCUGCAGACAAGUGCCAGUUUGGAAGAAGCCACAAGAAGCUUCACAGAAAAGAAGGCACCCUGCAGUGCAAAGACACCAACUGAAGAACCUGGUCUUCCAGAGGGGAGUGCUGUGGAACAGCCAGCCAUUCCAACGGUCUCUGUUACCCCCCACACACCAGUGUCUCCUGCCAAGGAUGACUGGAUCCUGGCCGAGGCACAACAGUCCCCUGCAUCUUCAAGCACCGCUACAUCCACAGAUCCCUCAAGCAGUGCUGAUGUAGAGGCCAUGUCUGAUUCCAGUAGCUUCCUUGCAUCUGGGGACACACAAAGUGAGACAGCGAACCACAGUGAUGCCAUGUCUUCUGUCAGCAGCGUACCAGAGUCCCAAGACAGUAGUCAUGGUAACGGCUCGGAGGCUGAGGGUUGUUCAGAGGCUGGAUGGGUGCCAUUUGUUGAUGAUACCAAGGAGACAAUAAAGAGACAGGUACCAGCAUCAGCUACAAACAAGACAACAUCAAGGACAGACAGCACCUCAAGUCAGCCGUCCGGUUGGAUAGGCUUUGAGUUUGAGGAAGGGGACGCAGCUUUUCUGGAAGCCUUGGAAGCAGACACUAAGAAAGAGGAGCCUUCAAAGCAGCCCAGUAAGAAACCUGUUUUGACAGAACCACUAAUUCCACCACCACAGGGGUCUGAGUUUGACUUCCUCAUGAAAAAAGGAGAAAAGGCUAAGACUCCUGACACCCUGGAUUUCCUCAUGAUGCAGUCAGGCCUUACACCCACACAGCCAUCACCAACAAAUCCCUUUCUUGCAGAUAUUGCCGCAAAACAACAGGCACUGUCACCAACAAACCCAUUAAAGACACAAGAGGGGGCUAAGAAAGAUAAUUUUGAUCCAUUUGGUACACAACAGCCAUCAAAGGCUGUAGAUCCUUUUGGUGCUGAAUUUGAGGGAGAUUCUUUUGAAGCAGAGCCUGUAACGAUGCCAGAUGACCCUUUUGCUCCUAAGAAUGGAGACACAGCAGUGUCAGCGUCCAAAUCUAAGGGUGGCAUUAACGAUUUGUUUGCUAUCUCUUCAUCUAAACCUGAGCAAGCUCUCAACUUGUUUGCCUCUUCAUCCCUGGAUGCUGCAGAGCCCGGUAAAGACCCAUUUUUGUCUCCGAAGCCUGCAGAACCUGAGGUGGACUUGUUCAACAUUCAGUCACCAACAGCACCAGGAGCUGCACCGCCAACUUUCCUUCCCAUUGGCAUCAUGCAAUCCGAGGCAGUGGAGCCAGAGAAAGAGUCUCCCCACUUCUCUCCACCGCCUGAUUCCCUACCCACCCCAAUCGCCCCAGCUCCUGCCUCAAUGCCCUCGCCAACUGAAGCUGUUAUUGCACCAGUAGCUUCCACUCCACCCCUGGCCAGCCCACAAACAUCACCCCCUAACCCUCAACCACCAGCAGUCACCAAGCCAUCCACUCCAAAAGAAAAAGCUCCUUCAGCUAAACCCUCCCAACCAAGCAAACCCUCAGCCCAACCUAGUCCAGCCUUUGAUGCAAUAGAAGCAGCAAAGCUGUUGGGGCUUCCCGGUGUUCCUGUAACAUCUGCCGUCAAGAAACGUGUACCGCUGAACCAACUUGCACAGGCAAAAGUUGUCACCAGAAGCCCAGUCCAAGAAACUGCAAAGAGCCCAGUAGAGGAAGCAAUUGGGGCAACGCCACCAGAGAGUAAGUCUGCCCAUGUUGAAGAGCCAGCUGCGUCUGCUGCUCAGCCAGUUGAUAUGUUUGAGGAUGCUUUCGUUCCAGAUGAGUUGAAUGCAUCUGAGAAAAGUGCUCCAACAAAAAGUGCAUCUGCUCAUUUUGAAGAUGCCUUUGUGCCAGGUGGUCUUAUGGAUACUGAUGAAGGUGGUCCGACAAAGAGUUUCUCUGCUAAUUUCGAGGAUGCCUUUGUUGUACAAGAGUGGCCAGAACCGGAGCAGCCACUGAGCCAGAAGAGUCCUUCCACUCACUUUGAGGACUCUUUUGUACCAAUGACAGAAAAAAGGCCAGCACCUGAAGAGGCAAAGAAGAGCACAUCAGAUUUUGAUCUGUUCAGUGACAUGGAGACAACAGCCAAACCCUUGUCAAUGCCGGCUGACCCAUUUGCAUCAACAGGAGGUGAUGCUAAAACACCUGAGUUGUUUACUAGUGCAGCAAAAGCUGCAACACCACCAGCAGCCAUGACAAUUGACUUCUUUGGCUCAGUUGCUGAGGAUGUGCCUCCACCAGACUUGUUGGGAGGAUCCCCUGAGGCUGAACUGAAACCAGCCAUGAUACCGACAAAUGCUUUUGUACCAAAGCCCGAUGAAGCCGUAAAGCAAGACGUCUUGGAAGGACAAGCCGCAGCUCAGCCUGAAACCAUGGCCAUCGACCUACUUUCCUCACCAUCACAGCCAGAAGCACCCACAAGCAAUGCUGUUGCACCUGCCACACUAUCAGCUGGAGAAGUCUUUGCACCAUCACCGCCAGAUGCAGCAGCAGCUGAUGACUUGUUUGCAUCCCCAGGAGAACCUGCUGCAAUGCCUGAUGAUCCAUUUGCUUCAAAGCCCGGUGACGAGGCUAACACCCCAGACCUGUUUGCCGGAGCAACCGGUGCUGCAGCAAUGUCUCCAAGCAUUCCAUCUCCCCCUACUGCCAUCUCUCCAUCCAGAGAAAGCCUGAAGCUAGAAGAACUUGAUCCAUUUGCCCCACAGAAAAGUGCCUCCAAAGAAGGCACCCCCGUCAGUAGUCCCCCUAAGAAGACAGAAGUAGUUGCACCUCUCGCAUCUCCAGAGGAAGAGCUCAACUUGUCCCCAAUGCAGCACAUCUCAGUGGCUGACAUCAAGCCAACAGCUCAGAGUCCAGUAGAAGAUGCUGGGUUAGCCAUGGGACCUCCUUUAACCACCAUUGAUCCCUUUUCUCCAAAGGCAGCUGUUGGCUCUCCAGCCACCCCUCCAAGACAAACCAAAAAGAAAUACAAUCCCUUUAAGGCAGAAACUCCAACCACCCCACCUGAUGAGGAGGCGUCGCCCUUCCCAACUGUAAAACUUCCAAUCAGUGUUGUACAGCCCCUUCCUGCAAGUCCAGACACCUCACCAUUGGAUGAAAGCUUUCCUCCAAAAUGUGAGGAGGACGGCUGGUACCUCAUGCUACGUGUUCCAGAGAAGAAAAAGUUCAUUGGCCAGAAGAGAUACUGGACACCCACAUACACGAGGCUUGUGGAUGGUAACAUGUUGAAGUUGUAUUAUGAGAAAAAUAACACAGAACCAUUCAAGGAAGUACAGCUGCACUCCACUUUCAGUGUAAGUGAGCCCACUCUACAAGCAUACAAUGAGAAGGGUCGGAUACAUACCGUCAAGAUAGAAUAUGUCUCCUACAAAGAGAAGCGUCUUCUCCGUCCAAGGGCCAUCAUCGAUCACAUUCCUCUAGCCUCUACUUUGGUAAAGUUUGGAACUCUUGAGCAUGAUGACCUCUUGAAUUUUGUAAGGGCUGUAAACGAUGCUCUUAUGAAGCUUCCAGCCUACCGAGAUAGGGGAACAACAUACAUCGAGGAUGAGAUCACAGUUGAAGUGACGGAUGAGUUCCGCGGCAUUGUGGCACGCACGGGUGAGAUUGAGAAACAGGCUGUAGAGGUCAACAUUCAAACACUGGUAUUCAUCACAGGCAUGCCAGAGUGCGUCUUGGGAAUGAACGACAAGCAGAUCCGAGGAAACGAGGUUGUCCGGCGCCAGGACAUCAUUCCAAACAAAAGUGAUGAAUGGAUCAAGCUCCUCAACCCAGAAUUCCACAGCUGUGUCAAUAAGGAACAUUUUAUCAGCACCAGGCAAAUCAAGUUUUGCCCUCUUGAUGGUAACAAGUUUCAGCUCAUGCGAUACAAAGUUAAGAGCAACAAAAAGGAAUUACCACUUGUUGUCAAAGCAAGGUACAUCAAUAAGGGACCUCACUUCGAGCUCAGAUGUGAUGCAACCUGCACAGGUUAUGUUAACAAGAAGGACCCAGAAGCUGUUCCUUGUGAAAACAUUAUGAUCCGUCUGCCCGUUCCUGAUCUAUGGAUGAAGUACCUGCGGAACGAGACUCCAGUGGGGCCCCUCGGCACCAAGUCUCUGCGUUCUAGCAAGAAAAAGCUGCCCAAGGGCUCAUCCACCUUUGAGCAGUACACGUCUCCCAGGAUUGAAGUGUCAGUAGGAACGGCCAAGUAUGAAUACGCCUUCAGGGCAAUAGUAUGGAAGAUAAGCCGGCUGCCUGAGAGAAAUCAAGUUGUUCCAUUCACUGGCAAUGUUCCAUUCACUGGCAAACCCCUCCCUUUCACUGCUAGCAAAGAGAAAGCAGGAGCAUACUCCACCCAAACCCUCAUCUGUAGAAUUGACAUGGCUAGUGAGCUCGACAUCCCCACAUCACUUGGGCCACACUUUGAGGUGGACUUCACCAUGCCCCUGACCACCGCCUCCAAGAGUAUUGUACGGUCCAUCUCCGUGUCCAACCCGUUAGCUGCGCCAGUUAUCCCCGAGAAGUGGGUGAGGUAUAAAGCACACUACAGCUACAAGGUGGCAAUUGAGAGAGAGGAGGAUCCAGAUCCUUGCCCAAAGUCUGGGAAUCCUGCUCUAGACGAACCACUGAACAGCCGUCCUGAGUUUUACAUCCCAUCGUCCAAGCUGUAUAGGAGUGUUAUCGACGAUGUCAUCAACAACGUAAGGGAAGCCUUCCUCGACGAACAAGUCGACGAACAAGUUCUGCAAGAACUCAAGCAGGUAUGGGAGACCAAGCUGCUGCAGUCCAAGGCAGUGGAGGGUCUGAAUCCUGAUGUCCACCUGGUAGCUGGAGGCUUCUCUCACCAUGCCCAGGCACAUACAGCCAGCAGGAUACAGCAAUCGCCCCGAGGCGGUUUGCCUACUGCUGGUCCUACGGGCUGGCAAGUGGGAACACAACAAAGUAAUGCCAUUACUACAUGUAUCCACUCUCUUGUGUGGCCUUCCCUAGUGCACCAGAGUCUUGCCUAUGCAGCCCAGCUAGGAAAUGGGGUUGACUUGACAUCUGCAGCUUCAUCAGGUUCUGCAACUGUUGCUUUGCCCCAAGGUCAAGUUGUGUACCAGCAAGGUCAAGUCAUGAGAACUGUCGCUCCAGGGCUCACACUACCUCAAGGUCAGACGACCAUGUCGUUCCCAGGGUACCAGCCAGGUCAGGUUUACAUACAGCAGCCAGGGGGACAGACAAUACAGAUCCAGCAGCCACAGACUAUUGUACAGCAGCCAUCAGGUAGCCAGACACAGCCAGUACAGCAGCAGGGACAGCAGGCACAGGGGCAGGCAGGGCAGAUGCCGUCCAUUGUUCAGGUCCAGUCUCUGGCCACCACCACUGCCCACCCCAUCAUACAGGUGGACGGAGCCAAUGACACUUCAGACGAAGAUGAUGAUGACGAUGAUGAUGAUAAAGAGGAUGAGGAGGAUAAAGAUGAUGAGAAUGAUGAUGCUGAAGGAGAGGAGGAGGAGCCCCUGAACUCAGAAGAUGAUGUGAGCGACGAUGACCCCACUGACCUAUUUGACAUUGACAAUGUGGUCGUGUGUCAGUAUGAAAGAAUCAACCGGAGCAAGAACAAGUGGAAGUUUCACCUGAAGGAUGGCAUUAUGAACCUUGGUGGGAAAGACUACGUGUUCCAGAAGGCUACAGGAGAUGCUGAAUGGUAGUGAAGGGAGUGGGAGGGGGGCAGGCUACAUGUACCAGAUGUAAUGGGAGGAGAGCAGCAGCAAAAUCAGUCAUGCUCUCCACUGACUAAAAUCCUUGGCUCUGUAUCUUCAUGUUCCUUUGCUAUAGCAAAUAUCGUGGUUCCUUCAUAUACUGUCUUCAUCUUAAUUUGAAUUGUAAUUUCAGGGUAUGGUAUCCUUCAAGGCAGUACUUAGCAAUGUACCUUUGUGUAAAGUUUUGCAAAGAUUCCUACACAGAUAAGUGGUGCUGCUUGAACAAUAUUUUGGUCCAUAUUAAGCACAGUAGUACCAAUGGCUGUCUGUGGCUGGAGAUCGUGUGCAACAGUUUAAAAUUGUGAUUUAAGCCAAGGUGGUGCACAAUUGACUUACUGCAUCUUACAAACAUUUCCUGCUGGGUUGGGAUUUGCAUUCUGUACAAGAAAUGCCACGUCUGACUAAAAGCUUAUUCCUGUGGUAAAUUCAGCACUCAACUGAACACGUUAUCUUCUCCAACUGAUGUGAUUCCAACUUUGACUUUUGCAAUGCAUCUACUUCAAGUUAGCCUGUGUAUUGUUGUACCUCUGAAAAUGAUCAAACUCUGAACAUGUUAUUGAUAAAGUGUGAGUAUGCUCAUACAACUGUACUGUACUUCAUGGAAAGUUAAAAAGUAAAAUAAAGAAAAGCAAUGAAAAUGUCUGGAGAAGGCAGACACUCAGAUGCCAUGUGAGCAAGAAAGAUUGAUAUUUAUUGUUGUAAGACUAGUAUUGUAUGUCAGUAUUGGUAAGAAUAGUACACCUUCAGCAGCUGAUAUUAAAGCUGGAAUUCAAGCUCUGAUAAUCUGUUAUUAGUCUUUAUCGCCUUGACAUUGUGGAUAAACUUAAUAAGUUUGUUAGGUUAUGUUAAAUUUGUCUAUUUGAAACCACCGAAGUAGUAAAACAAUGUAGCUAUCAGGUGCCUUUCCAGUGACCAGCUUGAAAAUAGUUAAUGAAAUAGCAAGGCAUUACAUGUAUCUCUGUAGCAAGGCUUGGAAAAAAAUUAGACCUUGUUGCUAUAGGUCUUAGGGAAAGUAGGAAAACAAGCUAAGGGGAAAGACAUUUUGCAUAAAGGUAUUCAAACCUUCAAACUAUUGGCUGUUGUAGAUGUUUACAAAGUGUAGUGAAAUUCAGUUUCAAUGUACACAUUACAUAUGAAGCAAACUUGUACAAAACUACUUACUGAGUAGGAAAUGUUUUGAUCUCGGCCUUCAAUGAGAUCAGUGCAUCUUGCGCCAGUGUCAGAAUUGCAAUAGACCUUAUUGCACCAGUGGUUGUUAGCAAGCCAGUUGCAACAGUGUUACACCACGUGAAAUGUGUGUCCUGUGAAUUUCCAAGUUGUGUUUUUUAUGUAUCAAAGGUAAGAAAACAAAAACUGCUUCAAUUGAGGUGUGCUGCUUAUAGAUUGCCAUUUGCCAUCCAUUUGAUAUUCCCUCUACAUUUGAAGGGCCCGUAUAUAGAGUUGCUUGUAUUGUUUACUACGCAUCCAGACCUGCUGAACUAUGUGUAACGUUACUCUUUGGUACACAAAAUAUUUGACAUAUACAACAAGAAAAUAUUCUCAGCAGCCAAAGAGGGUUAGCUGUAUAUUUUGUUAAUUUGCCCAUACUGCACUGUAUGGUGUAGUCUGUUAUAUCCAUGGAGCACACAUUAAAGUUGCCUUGUGGAAAAUGCACAAGUCUGUUGAA